AUGGCUGAUAUCUUGAAUAUUGGACGCGAGCCGAUCUUUGACAAUAGCAUUGUCAAAAUUGAGACUCAUACAUACAAUCCGUAUGCCAAUACGACGUUUGGGCAUAGCGAUGAGAUAAGGAUACCCAUACAACAACAGGAUUUGUACACGUUACCGUGUGAAAGCUUACUCUACAUCGAAGGAAAAUUGAAGAAGAAGAACAAUGAUGCGGAGAAUUUUCUCGCAAAUAAUUGCGUGGCAUUUAUGUUUGACGAAAUUCGAUACAAACUCAACGGCGUGGAGAUUGAUCGCAUCAGAAACGCUGGAAUAACCAGCACUAUCAAGGGUUAUGUAUCACUAACGUAUGACAAAUCGCAGAUCUUGCGAAAUGCUGGAUGGGACAUUUUAUCAACCAUACCGGAAGGAGACUUUAAUUUUUGCGUACCGCUCAACAUGCUUUUAGGCUUUUGCGAGGAUUACAAACGUGUGGUUAUUAACGCUCGUCAUGAAUUGAUUUUGAUACGAGCGCGCACUGACAAUUCUAUCAAGGGAGAUUCGAAGACGGAACCUGAAAUUGAACUACUUAAAGUACAGUGGCGAAUGCCUCACGUUAUGUUGAAUGAGACCAAUAAACUAUCUUUGCUACGAGCUUUGGAAAGCGGACGAUAUCUGAGUAUGAGUUUCCGAUCAUGGGAACUUUACGAGUACCCGCCAUUGCAGAGCACAACCAGACAUUCAUGGGCUAUCAAAUCUGCGACUCAAUUAGAGAAACCGCGAUAUGUUAUCUUUGCUCUGCAGACUGGCCGAAAGAAUAUCAUGUCUGAAGAUGCGAGCGUAUUCGAUGACUGUAAUCUGACCAACGUGAAACUUUAUCUCAACUCUGAAUUUUAUCCAUAUGAUGACCUAAAUUUAGACUUCAAAAGAAAUAAAUACGCUAUACUUUUUGACAUGUAUGCACGUUUUCGUAAAGCUUAUUAUGGAUACAACUGCUAUGAAACGCUUUGCACCGUAACCACAUUUUUGACGAAUGGACCUUUCGUAGUCAUCGAUUGCGCGCGACAGAACGAGUCUAUCAAGAGCGCUACUGUGGAUGUACGCAUAGAAUUUGAUUGCAAGGAGAAUGUGCCUGCAAAUACUACAGCCUACUGUCUUAUCUUGCACGAUCGUGUCAUCGAAUACUGCCCAUUGUCCAAUGUAGUGCGCAAAAUCAUGUAA